AUGGCGAUUGAAUCUCUCCGUGACAAUCUGGACACUGUCGAAGCAACCGACCAACCAUACGAUGGUGAUUCCUCUUUCCAGCAGCAACUCACCACGUGCAAUUACAACCAUGGUCCGCACUUCUUUCCCCAGCCAACCACUGGAGCAAGAACAUAUCUGCAUCGUACAGACACUGGCCCUGGGUUGUGCAAUGUCAACAGCAGCCAUGGACAGAACCAAAUUCAAAUCGCUGCGGAACAUCACCGGAUGAGAUCAAACGAUGCUCUUCACUACAUAAGCCAGAUGCUGAUGGAAGAUGUCGACGAGAGGGUCGACGUAUGCCAAGGGGAGGCUGCUCUCCAGGCUGCUGAGAAACCGUUCCGUGACAUUCUUGGGCAGGGAUACACGCCGGCCACUUACUGGCCGCCAUUGCAUGGCAACAACGAAACAGGUAUCUCAGAUAAGAGUGGCAGCAGCUGUCACAAGAGGCUCUGGAGCAAUAGCUUCAGUAAUUACUGUUCCGGUUACAGCGUGUUACGGCCCUUAACCACCCCCUUGAGUCCAUACAUCUGCAAUACGAGCCUUUCUCUACCAAACCAUCCGUUGACAAGUGUUGGACAGGCUUCUGGAUCUGGUUUCCCCACCUUGGAUUGUCAGAGAAGAGGCAUCGAGGAGGCAACGAUGUUUGCUCCAAGCAUUCAUAAACUGGUGAUAUAUUUAGAGAAUGGCAUACUUUCUAUUUCGCAACUAACUACAAAGGCAAAAACAGGAGAGAGAAGCGAAAACGCAAUCUUUGCGCUGGCAGACCAAAGGGAGUGGGAUAUCUUGCAAGGGAGGGGCCAUAAACACCAUGCCAUCACCACUUGUGCAAUAAUUCGAAAUGAAAAUUUUGACGGAGUUCUGCUAGACCAUGUUUGUCAGACUUCCGACCAGACAACAAGACUACGAGAAACGACGGCGGAGAAAGGAAACAAUAACUCACUGAAAGGCCGGAGCAAAGGACGUCAGAAGCUAUGGCAGAGGAAGCAACCAAAGAAAGAGUUGGUUGAUCUCAGGGCUCUCCUCGUCCAUUGCGCACAAGCUAUAGCAUUAGAAAACCACCUGUUGGCCAGUGAAGUCCUACAGAAGAUAAGACAACACUCCUCAGCAGAUGGUGAUUGUACUCAGAGACUGGCAUUUUACUUGGCGGAUGGCCUUGAGGCACGUUUGGCUGGGAUCGGGAGCCAGGUUUAUCGCAACCUCAUGGAGAGGCGAACAAGUACCACAGAAUGGUUAGAGGCUUACAGCGUUUUUAUUGCAUCUUGCCCUUUUUUCAAGACGUCAUACUACUUUGCCAGCCAAGCUAUUCUUGAUGUCUCAAAAGGGCAACCAAGGGUGCACAUUGUUGAUUUUGGCAUCGACUUUGGCUUUCAGUGGCCACUAAUGAUUCAGAGGUUUGCACAGCAAGAAGAGGGAGCCCCUAAGCUUCGGAUCACAGGUAUAGACGUUUGCCAGCCAGGUUUCCACCCCUGCGAAAUGAUCGAGGAGACAGGGAAGCGGUUGGCUGAUUAUGCAAACAUGUUCAAGGUACCUUUUCAGUAUCAGGGCAUUGCCGCUUCAAGAUGGGACAACAUUAAAAUUGAGGAUCUUAACAUUGACGAGGAUGAAGUUCUCAUAAUUAACUGCAUAUUCCGGAUGAAGAAUCUUGGUCUUGAAACCGAUGGCAUAUAUAGUGCAAGGGAUGAGGUGCUGAAAACUAUGAGGAGGAUGAACCCAAAGGUUUUCAUUUCUGGCACUGUGAAUGGGUUAAAUAGUUCUCCCUUCUUCAUACAACGAUUCAAAGAGGUUAUGCUCCAUUACUCUUCAUUGUUUGACAUGCUUGAUGCAAAUGUUCCACUGGAUAAUGAAGCAAGAAAGAUGAUUGAGAGGACCCCAUUUGGGCGGGAUGCACUUAACAUAAUAGCAUGUGAGGAUGCAGAAAGGACUCAGAGGCCACAAAGUUACAGGCAGUGGCAAGCAAGGUGCCUCAAGGCUGGGUUCCAGCAGCUUCCUGUUGAUCAAGCCAUCUUAAAGAACAUAGUACACAUGAAGAACUUACACUAUCAUGACGAAUUCUUUGCUAUUGAAGACUGCGGCUGGCUGCUACAAGGAUGGAAAGGGAGAGUAAUCUAUGCUAUAUCCAAAUGGAAACCUGAUGAAACGCAUGGUGACCAGUAA